AUGAUUUAUUGAUAUGUUUAAUUAUAUAAUAUCAUUUAUUCUUUUUUUUCUUUUUAUAUUUUUCUUUAUUUAUUUUUUUUAAGAUGUUUAAUAUCGCGCAUGAAAUAAUAUUUAAAAAAAGCUAUGAUUGAUUUAUUCAUUAUUUAUACAAUGAGAAAGAUUUUUAGAAAUAAGAAAAAAAUUUCUCAAUUAAUUUAAACUUGUUCAUUUAGUAUCACUAUAAAAAAUAGAAAAAAAUAAAUAAUUGUGGCAUAAGAUAAAGAAAUGAAAAGGAAAGCAGAGAAUACAAAAUAAAAAAUUUUUAUAAAAUAAAAUAAAUUACAAAAUGAAUUGAAUUAAAUAAAAAAAAGACGAUGUAGUAAAAAAAGGUAGCUAAUAGAAAAGAACAAAAGAAAUGAAAUGAAUAAAUGUGGGAUGGUGCAGAUUGGGUGCGACAGUGCUGCUAGUUUAACAGUUUUCACCCUUUGCAAAAGCGCAAGCGCUAAUAUCCUUUCUCGAAGCUUUUACUACACGCCAGUAAUCCGUGGAAUGUGAAGGUAGAAGGUACUAUUAUUUCAAAGGAAUAUAACAGAGACGCAGCUUAUAAAUCAAUGGUUAAUCGAAGAAAAAAGAUUAUUAGUAUGAAAGAAAAUAGAAGUGAAAAUCGAAUAGGAUAGAAAUGUAGUGUUCAAAUUUUAUAUGGGUAAUCAACCAACUAUGUAGAAAUUUUCAAAUAAAAUUCAAUUAAUAAUUACAUGAUAUAUUUGAAGAAUAUAUAAAUAUUGAUUAACGUAUCACAUUAUUUCGGUGAUUUGGGUUAAAAAAGAAAGAAAAUAAAAUUAAUAUUAUAUUGUGACACAUUUGAAUUUCUUUCUUUUUUUCAAUUUUUUAAUUGAUAUAUUGUAAAAAAAAAAUGAUUGUUAUAUGAAUAAUAGAAAAAAAAAUUAAAUAAUAUAGAAAAAAAUUAAAAAGCAAGAAAUAAAAGUGAAAAAAGAUUGGAAAUAAAACAAGUGUAACAAAAAAAGAAAGAAAAUAAAACGAACAUUGUAUAAAAGAGAAACCUAAUAAAAAGGAAGAAAAAGAAAAAAAAGAGUAAUUGAAGAAGAGAGAGAGUGACAUUACGAGGAAAUAAAAGAGCCUCGUGACGGAGGGGCUUCGUACGGCCCUGGCGCGACUGCGGCAUUGCACCCCCACAGGGGGUUCUCUGCCAAACUCACCAAACUCCCCUUCUACACCGGAACAUAAAAAUCACGGAUGCCUGGUGGAUGGUCGUGGAUCAAACCGUAGAAGCAGUGGCAAUUUGAGGAAUAACGAUGGAAUUGAUUCAACAACAGCUGAAUCACAGUCGCAAUCGCAAACAUCACGUGUUUCUAAUGUUACGCAUCGUUAUAAUGGAACAGAAAAUUCCCGCGAAACCGAUUUAUUGUCGCAUGCUGCCUCUGCAUUACGAAGAUUGCAUUUUAAAUCUGCAGGCGGAAGUCGAAGUUGCCGCACUGUUCCGAAAGUUGUCGUUAUGGGAUCGAGUACUGCUUCCGAAACAACAAUUAAUACUAGCACUGAUAGUGCUAAUACAAUGCUCACAAUGGUAACAACAACGGAUGGAGAACAGCCAGAUGACAGUUUUGAUUUAAUGGACAUUCCAUCGGAGAUGUCACCAUCAACUACUGCUGCAUCAUCGAUGGAUGUACCAUUAUCUGAAUCAAUUUUACCGGCUCCACUUCCUUCAUCUCCGCCAAUUCCAUCUUCUUCCUCUCCAUCGAUUGAAUAUUCGACUGAAGAUGAAAAAGGAUUUAAAAUAUGUCCACCAUUAACUGACACUGGUUUGAAAUCAGAUAUUCCUAUUACUUGCCUUGAUAUUCGCGCAUCUAGUAUUUCAAAUCUCCUUGAUGAAACCGAUGCUCCUUCAAUUGAUUCAACACCUAUUAUAAUCCAUAGUACUGUCAAUGAGACUAUCAGGGUAUCUGUUUCCGGAAGAACCCCACCUCUUCCAGACCUCCGAACAACAGAUUUUUUUAGUACACCCGUAAGAGGUUCGAUCGAUGCUGGUCAGCCAGAGAAAGAUAGUUCAAAUUCGAUGUUAACAUUAAUCGUUGGUAGAUCUCGAGAAAAUGAGAAUCGAGAAAAUCGAUUAAAUGAUAUUGUAUCCAAUGAGAGAAAAUAUGAAGAAGGAAAACUGAAUGUGAACGUUACUACGAAUCCUUUGGAUAUAUCAUUAAUAGAAGCUCGUACUAAUAAUAAUCAGUCAUCUGACAGUUCUGGAAGACCUAGUAGUACCUCGACUAAAUCUCGAAGAAAAACAGCUGAAUCGCAUCCCCUCGUUUCAACCAUUCAUUCAUGGGUCAGGCUCUUUUUCCCGUUUUGCGCAAUAGGAGGCAACACGAGUGGAAAUAAGAGAUCAACGCAAGCGGCAACGAUUGUGGUACAACAACCAUCGCUCUCAUUGGAUGGAUCGAGUGGAGCUGCUACGAUACUGCUACAUCCGGAGUUGGAUGUUAGACGUCGAGAAGAAAAUAUGAGACAAUUAUUAGAUGUUGCGAACACAUUGACAUUACAAGAGAUACACGACUUUGAAAUGAGAUAUGGCAGUCCACAUCACAGUAGAUCUCAAUCGGUUAAAACUCCUCGUUCAUCAGGUAGACCAAAUUAUUUAUGUCUUCCUCAACAGAGAUCAAGAGUUGCAAGCAUGCCAAAUACUGGUGUAGAGGAAGAAUAUUACAGGCUUCGACAUUUCAGUAUAACUGGUAAAGGAAUUGUAAACCGAGGAGAUUCGUUGAAAAGUCGAAGAUCUCGAUCUAACAAUAGCGUUGCUUCGAGCAACUCAAGCACGGAACAUCUAACAGCUUCAUAUCCUGGCUCAGCAAGAAAUUCAGCAGCGGGCUCAUUGGCAAGUUCCCGUGAAAGCAGUGCAUCUCAGGGACCAACGCCAUAUCGUGUUUUAAUGCUGGGAGCUCCAGCCGUAGGAAAAAGUUCGUUAGUUUCUCAAUUUAUGACAUCGGAAUAUCUUCAUGCAUAUGAUACAUCAAUUGAUGAUGAAUCAGGGGAGAAAACUGUUAGUGUCCUUUUAGCUGGAGAAGAGUCCGAAUUGACUUUUAUCGAUCAUUCUAGUGCGGAAAUGACGCCGGAAGCUUGUAUAACCACAUAUGAACCACAUGCUUAUUGCGUCGUCUAUUCUACAACCGAUCGAGCUUCAAUACGCGUAGCAGAAGAAGUUUUGCAAACACUUUGGCGCAGCGAUUAUGUAUCAGCUCGAGCAGUGAUCCUUGUUGGAAAUAAAGUUGACCUUGUUCGCAGUCGAUUGGUCUCGACCGAAGAGGGAAAAUCUAUGGCUACAUCUUAUGAUUGUAAAUUUAUUGAAACAUCCGUUGGGAUCAAUCAUAACGUUGACGAACUUCUUGUUGGCUUACUUACACAAAUUCGGCUGAAGCUUGAGAAUCCUGAAAGAACAAGAGAUUUAUUUCGGAAGAGAUCGCGAAAAAAUCGUAGUAAAUCACCUUUAGGAUCUUGUUCUGAAAAUAAUUCGCCGAAAAAAUAUCGAGGUAGUCGUACAAGUACCAGUUUAAAGGUACGAAAUUUAUUAGGUAAGGUAUGGUCAAGAGAUAGCAAAUCUAAAAGUUGUGAAAAUUUACACGUUCUUUAAUCGUUUGGACGAAGAAAUGCGACACGGUUUUUUAUUAUUAAUCAAAAUGUCAAUUAAUCACUAAAUUAAUUUUCAAUUUCUAUUUUAUUUUAUUUUUAUUUCUAUCUCUUUAUUUUCACUCAUAUUUUUUUCUUUUAUUUUUUUUCAUAUCUUUUUUUUAUCUCUUUCGCCUUUAUUCAAAAACAUGCAUCACACAUUUCUUUAUUUUUCUUUUUUCCAAGUAUUUUCUAUUUAUUUUUACUUUUGUCCCCAUUUUGUGUUUUGACUAGUUUGAAUUUUACAAAAAACAUUCAUGAAAUCACAAAUCAAUCCUUUUCUUUUUAUAUUUUAUUUUUAUAUUAUCAUUUAGUUUUUUUUAAUAAUAAAAACGCAAAUUUACAUCAUUAUGAAUAAUUACAACCAAAAUAAAAAUAUAUUAUAAGAACAAGGAAAAAUGGACCAAUGCAAACAAAUUCAGUUUCGAAUUUGUAAAAUUUAGUAUUUCAAUUAUUAUCGAAUAGUCAAUUAUUUAUGUUUACGAAUAAAUAUAUACAAAAAUAUUAGAUAUAAAAAUUCAUAUGUGUAUACAUAUGUUAUGUAUAGAUAGUAUUUAGAAUAUAUUUGCCAAUUUCUCACUUCUACAGUAUCUUAUUAUUAGGCGAUACCUGUAAAUAUUUUCGUAUAUGUAUGUUAAUAUGCAUUCAUAAUAUCUCGAAGAUUUUAUACAUUGAAUCUUUUCCUAUAAAGUAAUAGUAUUUCUUGUAAUAAUUUAUAUUAAUCAUGUAUAAUGAUCAAAAGUAAUUUUAAUAGAAAAUUAACAUAUUAGAUAAAAAAUAUAUCUGAAUAUGUAAUGGAAUAGAUUAAAAAUGUUUAUAAUAAUAAAAUUAUAUUGAAAAGAAAUUAUGAAAAGAUUUCUAUCAUAAGUAGAAAAUAAUUUCAGUAAGUUUUUUUGUUUUUUUAUAAUUCCUAUUUAAAAUUAUCUGUUAUGAUUAAAUUAUAAAGAGAUAAGAAAUAUAUAUUCAAUAUAUAUAUUGUUUAUCUUCCUAUUUUAGCUUGUUCAUCCCUUCUCUUAUUCUAAAACUCUCCCUCUUGUACCAGUUUUUCUUUGUGUGAUGCAAUCACUUAUUGAUUUCUUUUCUCUUUGCUUAAUAUAUAUAUUAUUAUCCUGUUAUAUUAUGCAAAGAUGAAUCAAAUAAACAAAUUAUGUUUUAAAACUCAUAUAAGUGAUACGUAGCUAUAAUCUUAUUUUUAUUUUCUAUUAAAUUUUAAUAAAUAACAAAAAAAAUAAUGAUUUAUUAUAUAAUAUUUUUAUAUGAUAAUUCAAACAAUAUAAAUAUAUAUAUAUAAUGUAGUUAUUUCUAUUUUUGCAUAUUUUCAUUUUUCAUAUAUAUUUAUUUUUUACAUAUUUUUCAAACUAUGCUUUUUAUAUAUAUAUAUAUAUUUUAGAUUAUUUUAGAUUAGAUUAUUUCAAUAUUCGAUCAAUUGAAUAUAAUUGUAAACAAACAAUACAAAAAACUUGUCGCCUUACUUCGUUCGUCGUUUAAAUGAUUUAGAAAAGAAAGAGGAGAAAGAAAAGAAAAAGGAACAGAGAAAAUAAAAAAAAAAAAACAAAAAAUGAUAAAAAAUUAAUAAAUAGAAAAUAUUUAUAAUAUAUGACACGAUACAUACUUCAUGUCACAAAACAUAUACAAUUUUAAAUUACAUUUUCUAUUAAUUUAUUACAAUAUAAUAAUACAGGAAAACAAUAGAAUAAUAAACAAUUUUUUUCGUUUAAUUAUAAAAUGAAAAUAUUAUAUGGAGAAAAGCAUACUUUAUUGAUUUAUCGAUGAUUUUGAAAUAUAUUAUAAAGGAUAAUAUUUUGGACGAUUUUUUUUUAUAUAUAUAUAUAUAUAUAUAAUUAUUGUGACUCUGGCUUAAUAUUAGAGACAUUAAUUAAGGAAGCAGAAAAUAUCAAUCGAAAAUUUAUGAAACAAGAAUUACAAUGAUAGUAAUCCGAAUUAUUGCAAAUUUAUAAUUUCAAUAUUAUAUAACUAAAUAUUAACAAAAAUAUUAUAAUAACUUAAUAUAUUUCAAAUAUCAAUAUCAAGUUUUGACAUUUCAAAUGAUUACGAAAUAUAAAAAUAAAAUAUAAAACCGAAAAUUUAAUAAUUAAAGUUAUAAUGAAUAUCAGCAUCAUUUUUGAUAUUUAUUAUUUAAUUUUAAUUAAUCAAAGUUUGUUUUAUAUUUUAUUUUUGUAAUCAAUGGAUUUUUCAAAUCUGCGAAAUGCUCAAGCGCAGUGUUAAAUUUAUAACAUUUAUAACAUUUUACACUCAUCAUAUUCCAUAAAAAAAAUAGAUCUUUUACUAUUUCAUUCAUUUUAUAUUAUUAUAUUAAUAGUAAUGUAAAUAUAAAUAUAAAAGAAAUUCUAUAUAAUAGUAAUAAUCUUUUUUAAAUAUCUCAAAAACUAAGACCGAGUGACACAUGUAAAGAAAUAUGCAAAGGAAAAAAUUAUUCAGAAUGAACAGUUGAUUUCUAGAACAUAUUGAAAAUUAUCAAAAUCAAUGAGAAUCUUUAUUUUUAAUUAUCAAAAUUGUUGCUAUAUUAAAAUUUGCCUAUACUAUAUAUUUGUGAUUAUUAGUAUAUGCGAUUAUUGUGCUAUUUAUUGUUUUAAAUAUAUUAUGAUAGUCGAAAUAUAUGGGGAAACUGAUAUCAUUAUACUAUUAUUCAAAUCCAUUUGAAAAUAGAUUUUCGAUAAAUUCAUUCAUUAUAUAUUAUUAGUCAAUUGUGAUUUAAUUUUAUUAUUGAGACAAGUUUAAGAACAUGAUAGUGAAAUUUAUGUUAUUAAUUAAUCUGGAUUGAUACAAACUCAUAAUUUUUGACGCAUUAACAAAAAUUAUUAGUAUUAUAUAUUGAAUUUUACUUAUUUAUUAGAUAUAGAUCAAUAUACGAUCUCUGUUUAUUUAUUAAUUUUAUCAAUAUUUAAAAUGUAUAAUUAUAUUAUGAAUAUAAUUAUGAAUAUAUGGAAUAAUUUUCAAAAAAUAAGUUGAAAAUUUGAAAGAUAGAAGAAGAUGAGAAAAGAGUCCAAAAUAUAAAAUUUUAGCUUCGGGUUUUUAUUUCAAAGGUUUUUUUUUGUAAGUUUCCAAAAUAAUUAAUAAAAAACUUUUUGUAUACAUUGGAUUCUAUUUACACAUGCAUGUUUUUUAAUAAUAUAUCAACAUGAUGCAAUUGCUUAUCUAUUUCUAUAAACAUAUCGCAGUAAUAAUAUACAAAAAGAAAAAUUGCUCAAAAUGUUGAUUUGUAGAAUAUAUUCAAAAAUCAUCGAAAUCAAUAAAGAUUCUAUUCUAAAUAAAAUUUUUGAUACGUUAAAAUCUAUUUAUACAGAGUGUUUAUAUGGGAUGCUUUUGAAAAAUUUUAAAAAUCAAAAUGAUGAAAAAAGUUUAUGUACAUAUAUAUUCGGUAACUUAUUUAACGAGUUAUAAACAUUUUAAAUUUAUAUUAGAUAGAGUAAGAUGACGAAAGAGUGAGAAUGCUGGAUGCACGGGAGUAUCAUAUUGCAAUGUAGAAUAGUGGAGCUCUUCAAUAAAAGUAAGUACAUUAAUAUAUUUUUUUAUAUACAAUUGAUUAUUUCAAAUGAAUUUCAAUAUAAUAUAAUGUACGUAUUAUGUAACUUCUUAUUUAACAAAAAUUCGAAUAAAUUUUAAUAAAUUCUAGAAUAUUAUUUAUUUUUACAUAUUAACAUAUUAUUUAUUUUUUAUAUUUAACUAUAUAUUUAUAUAUUUAUAUAUAUUUAUUUAAAUUCAUAGAUAUUGAAUUAUUGAUAUUCAAUAUGACAUUCAAUCUGUCUACUUAAAUCAAAUAGAAGCAAAUGAAAACUCCCAUAAAAUUUCGAGUUAAAUAUUAAAUAAAUAGUUAUGAUAUGUACAUUAUUGAUAUAUAUAUAUAUGAAAUUCAUUUGAAAUAUAUAAUUGAUUUAUAAAAAAAUGUCAGUGUAUUUACUUUCAUUGAGGAGCUCUGCUACACAAAGGAUAUUGUAAUGUGAUACUGCCGUGCAUCCAGCUAAGCAUUCUUACUCUGUCUAAUAUAAACUUCAAAUGCUUAUUUAAUAUUAAUAUUUAUUAUUUAAAUAACUCGUUAAGCCUUAUCAAACAUAUGUGUAUAUGAACUUUUUUCAUCAUUUUGAUAUUUAGAAUCCUUCAAAAGUUCCAUAUUUUUAUGAAUAUCCAUAUGUGUAUACUUUUGGCAAUUUAUAUGUUAAUAUUUAUUUUUUGUUUCUAUGAACAUAUCGCCAUGGGCAUGAAAUAUAUAACAGAUAAAUCGUUAAAAAACGAUUUUUUUUUGUUUCUUUAUGGAUUAUGAUGAACUUAUAAUGUCUUAUUCGAUGCUGAAUUUUUAUUUCACUAUUUCAAUAUUUCAAUAUUUCAGAUUGGGUUCUUCGAAAAAUAAAAUAUAAAAUCUUGAAUAAUAGAAAUUAUCAUAUUAUAAAUUUAAAAAAUGUUGAUUUAUUAUAAUUGUUUUAUAUUUUAUUUUUAUUUCAAGGAUUGUUUUAUAUUUUAUUAUUCCUUGUUAUUGAAUUUGAGAUAUUUUAAUUACUAUAAUUCAUGAGCAAAUAGAUUUUAUUUCAUUUUUAUAAAUUUUAUCUUAUUAUUAAUAUCUCAGAAACUAAUAAAGAUUCAAAGAUAAAAUUUAAUAUUCAAGAAUCUUUCUCUGAUCUCUUAAAAUUUUAACUUGUUUCGACAAGAAUUGCCAUAUUACAUUUUAAAGAUGUAUUUCUAAGAUAUUAAUAAAAAUUUUUGGUAUAAUAUAACUGAUAUAUAAUUUUUACUAACUAUUAUAAUUUUAUUAACUAUUAUUUAUUAAUUAUUAUUUAUUACAAUUUUAACAUUAACUAACAAAUGCUGCUAUUAUAAUUGCAUAUUCUAUGGAUCGUUAUCAAGUAUGGAUUGAUAAUAUAAUAUAAUAGCGAUACUGAUCUUUAUAUACAUAGCAUAUUCUAAAGUAAAUAUAAUAUAAUAGUAUUUUCAAAUAAAAUCGGUUAUCGUAAUUUCAAUUGUUUAUGAAUACUUUUUAUCUAUAAUUAUUUUAAAUUAUAUUAUAUUUUAAGAUCUAUUGACAAAAUUAUUAAAUUAGAACAAAUUUUUUUCCUGAUUAUAGAUAGUUAACAUGAUGACAAUGAUUUUUAUUUUCAUUAUUAUUUUUUUAGCUGUUUUAUUUCAAUAAGAAAUGUUAAUUUUCAAAGAUCAUAUUUGAUUGCUUAACAGAUAUUCAGCAUAUAAAUAUAUCAUCAUAUGGAGUUAAAAAAGUAUUAGUUUGGUUUGAGCUUAUAUUUUGAGUCUUACUAGGUUGACUACAUUAGAAGUCACUCCUUGCCGAUUAUAAGAUAUCUUAUAAAUGCUAAGACUAUUAUUGCUAUUAUUGUGAUUAGUUAUUUAAUACUUGAAGAUUACAACUGCUUUCGUUUUCGAGAUAUUUGUAAAAAAAGAUUGCUAUUAUAAGUAAAUGUAUAAAAAAAAUUUUAUAUUGCGUGUGUGUGUAAUGUGCGUCUGCAAUCAUUUAUUUAUUAAUCUUAUAAAUAUAUAGCGGACGGCAUUCAAAAUAUAUAUUGGGUAAACUGGUCAAAAAUCAAUUUGCUCAUAGAUAUUUAUGCUUAAAAUGUCUAAAAUCUAUUGAGAAUAUUACAUGAGAUCCUUCAGAUUCUUUGAAUGACCGAAAUAAAAAAAAAAUCAAAAUUACAAUGUUAAAUACCAAGAAUGAUGUUGAUAUUUAUUAUAACUUUGAUUAUUAUAAUUUAUCUAAGAUAAUUUUGUAUUUUAAUUUUGACCAAGUUCGAUAUUAGAUUAAAAACGUUUUAAGUCUAAUAUAAUCCAUAAGUACAUAAUAAAUAUAAUAAUUUUUUACUAGUUCAUUAAUUAUAUAUCUUAGUUGUUUAUUUAUAUUUAUAUUAUAUUUAUUUAUAUUUAUAUAUGUAUUUAUAUUUAUAUUUAUAUUAAAAAAUCGCAUCCAGCUACAGAUGUAUAAAAAAAAUUCUGUGUAAUAAUAAGAACUUUUUUUUGCAAUAUUUUGAAAACUGAGAGCAAUAGUAUACUAAGACAAUAUAUAUUUAAACAAAAAAAUUAUUCAAAAUAUUGAUCUUUGCGAUAUUCAAAAAUCAUAAAAAUUAAUGAAUAGGUUUCUUCUAUUCUGAAUAAUUACUAAAUCAAACCUUUUUUUAACAUUUCGAAAAUUAAUAACUCGAAGUUAAAAUUUUAGAUUCAUUUCUCCUUAUUCAAUUCCUCUCUAAUUUCAUAUUAAUUGAAAUGCUAGAAUAUUUAUUUUCGUGAAAAAAUAUUUAAUCUCUAUAUAUAUAUUAAUCUUUUUAUUAUACAUUUUAAAAGCCGGGCAUCAUAUAUUUAUAGAUACAAUAAAUAAAUAAUCGUAUAUUGAUAUUUAUAUUCUUAUGGAUAUAUAGAUAUAGACAAAAUUUAAUAUAAUAUUAGCAAAAAUUUUUUAUUAAUAUCUCGAAAAUUAUGAAUUUGCAAUAUUUCGGAUCACAACUAUUUUAAAAAAAAAAUGCACAAUUUUUCAAUUUGUUGUUCCAAUAAUCAAAAUCAUAUCCUAACUGAUCUUAAAGCUGCAUAUUGAUGUACAAAAUUCAAUGAUACAAUAUUUUUAUUUACAAAAUUUUUUAUUAACUCAAAAAAAACUAAUCGCUAUUAUGUAGAAAAUAGAAAAAUCAUAUUCUUUACAUUAUAUUUUAAGAUCAUUAAAAUCAAUUAAUAGAAUUUUAAUUGAUAAGUUCGAUCAUUGGCAUUUUGAAAAAUUGUUUUAUAUUUCAUUUUUAUCAUUUUUUUUCAUGCUUGUUAUUAAUAAAUAUUAAAUAUGAUGAUAAUAUUUUAUUCAUUAUAUAUUUUGUCUGCUGCUGUAAUGUGCUUAUACUAUAAAUAUUUUACUAUUACAUUUGCUAUUACAGAAGGUUGUAACCUACAAUAUGUAAUAAUACAAUGUUUCGCGAAUAUCUCAAGAUUAAACAGCACUAUAGAAAAAAAUUAUUCAAAAUAACAUUUCAAAAUCAUCAAAAUUUAUGAAAUAUAUCUUUUUCUAUAUGAUUAUCAAAAAUUAGAACGAAUUGAUACAUUAUUGAGAUAAGUUUGUAGUUAAUACAUAUAUAAUAACAUAUAUAAAGAAAAACAAAGCUUUUUUUAAAAAAGAAAAAAUAUUGCACUGUGUAAUACACGUGUGAGAAUUUAUUUAUUAUGUUUACAAGCUUUUGCAAAUAUGAUGUAAGUAGUUUUUAGAAGAUUGUCCCGUAAAUCGCGUGUAUUAUACUUUUCAAGUAUACAAUUUUAUCUUGGUCUAUACCAUUCUUAUGACUUCCCGUCCAUCAAAUAAAAAAAAAUUUCUAUAAGCCAUGGCAAUUAUUUAGAUCGCCAAUGCAUGGCAUCAUAACGAACGUAUUAAACAUUUCAUGAAUGCAUGAAUGACAUAUUAGUCGACUAUAAUUAGAUUAAGAACCGCGUUAAUUAUCUCUUUCGAAUUUUAACUUGUAAUCUUUCAAAACACGCGCACGAGACUGAUCUUCAUUCGAUUUUAAAUAUCGAACAAUAUCAUUGACGAAUAAAUAUUUUGUUUCCUCGAAAAUAUUGUUUACGAUACAAAUUAUACUUUCUAUAUGAGCAAACGUCCUCCAUACGCGCAUGUAUACUCUUUUACUUUCAUUUUUUUUUUCUCUCUUUCAACGAAAAAUCGUCCUCUGCUCUUUUUUAGACCAUAUUAAUGAUGAGAGCAGCGACGUUAAACGUUAAUGGCAUGCGCGUAUAUUUCAAAUUAAUUAAAGAAUUUAUAGAAUGAGAGAGUUGAUAAUUAUAAGGACCAAUUCGAUAAAAAAUAAGAAAAAUGCAAAAAGAAAAGAUAGGAACGAUAGUAAAAAAAUUCAUUAGAAAGCAGAAGUUGAUGAGCAUGCAAGCGAGAAAAAAGAAGAAACAAGAGAUAGGAGAAAAUGAAAGUUAAGAAAAAAAGAGAGCGAAGAAAGAGAAGGAACAAAAUAUGAUGUUCACUGAUGAUUAUCCGUCCAUCACAUAAAUCUUCAAGGAUCCUUCGUGAAUAAUAUUAUCGGUUUUAAUUGAAAACUUAUCAAUAUCAAUAAAUUUUGUUUGAAGGACUCGAACACUGUCUCUUAGAAUAUGGUAUGGAUCGCGAGUAUUGCUCUCUACAGCUGAAAAAAUUUUGAGAAAGAAGAAAAAAAAUAAAUGAGAUAAGUAAUUUACUUGUUUUCCAAUGAAUGCGAAUACAAAUAUAUAUAUAAGUAUAUAUGUAUGUACAUGUGAUUGGAUAUACUGACGAAUACCCAUAUUUUGCGGACCAGAGCCUUGAUUAGGCGAUUUCUUCGAUCGAUGUUAUAUUAUAUCCUUGUACCUGUGUGCGUAGUAAAACCACGCCGAUUUUAUUGUCUUUACUUGUUAUUAAACAAUGUUAUUUGCAUAUUGACUAUUAUUAGCAAAAUAAUUUCUAUUAUAUAUAUGUACGGAAAAUCGGGAUACAACGAGAAAUAGAGUCCGAUCGAAUUUAUGAUCCCGAUUCUUCAUCAUAUGAUGCCCGUGUUAGCGAUAAUAAUGACCAUAACAAAACGCUGAUAAUAAUUGUUUCGAUAAUAUCAUUAAACAUUUUUUAUUUCUAUUUGAAUUUCUAUGUCUAUACGUAUACCCAAUAUAUUAAAAAAAAAUUAUUUUAUUAAAAUUGUAUUGCAUAUUAUCUAUUUUAAAAUUAUUGAUUAAGAGAUUGAUUGCGUUCAUCGAAUCAUUAUGUUGAUACAUCAACAAUAUGAUCAUUUUUUCUUUUCAUUUAAUUUCAUAUAGUAUAUAAUAUAUAUUAUAAAUUAUAAAAUCAAGAAAAACUAUAUAGAUAUAGAUAUAGAGUCGAAAAUAGAUAUUUGCUAAAAUAUUAUAAUUGUGAAUUUAUUACGUAUUAAAAUCAGAUAAAAAUCAAAACUAUUGUUUUCAAAAAUAUCAUAGCUAUAUAUUAGUAAUAUUUAAGAAAAAAACGCGAAUGUAAGUAAUAUCAUAUGCAUGUAAUUCGGUACAAUAAAAAUACAGCAUUUCAUUUA